AUGCCGUAUUAUUAAAGCCAAAUGCCUAGUUAAAAAACGCUGUCGCCUCUCGUUGCCCAACAAGAGGCGUCGCUGCUGGAGAUUCUCGCAAUCCAUAUUCAUAUUCAUUUACAUUACAUACAUCUCUCUCUCUCUCUAAAACGCCAUCCCCACCACCACAACACUCCUCCAUUUCUCUCUCUCUCUCUCUCUCUCUCUCUAAAGAUACCAUGAAGAAGAAGAAACGAGAUACCAAUGUUCUCUUAAUGGUUGUCCACGGGACGCUCUUUUGCCGCCGCCGCCGCCUCCACCACCACCUCCUCCCCCUCGUCUCCGCCGUCUCCGGUGGCCUCCUCUUUCUCUUCGCCGUCAUCUCAUUUCUUUUUCCUCCGAUCACCAACCACCACCAUAACUCCAAUAACCCCAUCGACGGUCGAUCUGACGUGGAGGGAGAAACGCUCUCUACUGUACCGUCGAGUGGAGGGAGUUUAGCCCGUGACAUAUGGAGUUCGACGCAAUCGAAACUCUUCUAUGGUUGCAGUAAUUCCAGCAGUAAUUUUCUGACAGCUGAAGCGAAAACAAAUCCUAAUCGAUACUUGUUGAUUGCAACCAGUGGAGGCUUGAAUCAACAACGAACAGGGAUAACAGAUGCGGUUGUCGCGGCGUAUAUACUCAAUGCCACUCUAGUUGUUCCAAAGCUAGACCAAAAAUCUUUCUGGAAGGAUAACAGCAACUUUUCUGAAAUCUUUGACGUUGAUUGGUAUAUAUCGUAUCUUUCAAAAGAUGUUAAAAUCAUUAAACAGCUUCCGACAAAGGGAGGGAAGGUUAUGAAUCCACAUAGCAUGCGUGUUCCAAGGAAAUGCAACCCAAGAUGCUAUGAAACCCGAGUCUUACCUGUUCUUAAUAAAAAACAUGCUGUGCAGCUUGGUAAGUUUGAUUACAGGCUUGCAAAUCGGUUGGACACAGAUCUACAGAAGCUGAGAUGUAGGGUUAACUACCAUGCUCUCAAGUUUACUGACACUAUUCAGGAAAUGGGUGAAAAAUUGGUUGAAAGGUUGAGGAUGAAAAGCAAGCGUUUCAUUGCACUGCACCUGAGGUUUGAACCUGAUAUGCUUGCAUUCUCCGGGUGCUAUUAUGGUGGUGGAGAAAAGGAAAGGAGUGAACUAGGAGCAAUACGGAAGAGGUGGAAAACUUUGCAUAAAAAGAACCCUGACAAGGAAAGACGGCAAGGAAGAUGUCCAAUGACUCCCGAGGAAGUUGGUCUAAUGCUGAGAGCACUGGGUUUUGGCAAGGAUGUCCACAUUUAUGUGGCAUCUGGUGAUGUAUAUAGAGGUGAAGAGACGUUGGCGCCUCUGAAAGCUCUUUUUCCUAACUUUCACUCAAAAGACACUAUUGCAAGCAAGGAAGAGUUGGCUCCAUUCUCAUCUUUUUCAUCUCGCAUGGCUGCUCUUGACUUCAUUGUUUGUGAUGAGAGUGAUGUUUUUGUCACUAACAAUAAUGGCAACAUGGCUAGAAUAUUAGCUGGAAGAAGGAGAUACUUUGGGCACAAACCAACAAUCCGUCCAAAUGCUAAGAAGCUUUAUCGACUGUUCUUGACCCGAAAUAACAUGACUUGGGAAGAAUUCGCCUCAAGAAUUCGAACUAAUCAGAUUGGAUUCAUGGGAGAGCCAAAUGAGGUAAAGCCAGGCAGGGGUGAGUUCCAUGAAAAUCCUGCAUCCUGCAUAUGUGAAAAUUCCAAUGCCAAGGCAAGGAGAGAUUUAGGUUACCGAAUUCAAGCCACUACCAGCCAUGGACUUGUCAUGGAAAAUAAUACAAGGAGUGAUACUGGUGGAUUGAGUGAUGAGCAAUCUGCUGAGGAGGAACAGGAUUGGUCUGAUACAGACGAUGCGGAGACUGAAAAUGGGCUUCAAGGGAAAACGUUGCCUAACAGAACGGAUUCUGAUCUGGGACUGGGUCUAGUUAAAGCUGAGCAACCAGAACUGGAAGAAAUGUUUUCAGACUGACAGAUCAGAUUUCCGCUCGAUUUUUUCUUCAAACACAUUGUGCUCUUUGCUUGCGUCAAUGACAUUAAGUUUCUAAGGGGAUACCUUUGCCUGUAUUCAGGCAGAAAUGACAAUUGUAGAUAGUUGAGGGGCACCUUGUGAAGAGAUGGAGUUGCAGCAAUCACAUUUUGGAGAGCGAUGGACAUGAAGAGGCAUUAGGACAUUCGCAAAGGGGAGAUGUUAUGGGAGGGAUAUAGUAUAUAGUGUACAGAUAGAUUUUUGUGUUUCUGAUUUGUCUUUUUAACAGACAUAAAAUUAGACAUUCAUCAGUUUAAAAUAUUUUUUUACUGCUAAAAUCCAAGGCAGGAAUGGGGUUAAUAAAGUGAUUUGUUCUCCCUUUA